AUGCGUUACCUAAAAUCAUCAACCCCAUGCGGCCGGGGGUUAGGAAAAAGGAAGGGCCAGGUUGGAAAAGGUACCUAUCAGUUACCUGGUGGUCACAUUGAGUUUGGAGAAUCAUGGGCGGAGUGUGCCCAGAGAGAGGUGAUGGAGGAGGCCGGCCUGCAGCUGAACAACAUCCGUUAUGCCUCUGUGGUAAACUCCAUCAAAUUAGAGGAAAACUAUCACUAUGUUACAAUCUACAUGCAAGGAGAAGUGGACAGGGCCUUCUCGUCUGAGCCUGUAAAUGUGGAGCCAGAGAAAAAUGAAGGGUGGACAUGGACAUUGUGGGAGGACUUCCCACCAGAGGAGCAACUGUUCUGGCCUCUGGCGAAUUUGAGACAGCAGGGAUACCAUCCAUUCACAAACAGUAGCAAAGAUUUAAUAAAAUGAAGAGACUGUGUUUA